AUGGGUGUCCAUGUGUGUCCCCAUCUGGGGGUCUGGCUGUGGCUGGGUGUCGCCCUGGGCCUCAGCCGGGGACAAGCAAGCGGCCGCCUGUGGCUGGCGGUGCUGCCUGAAGACCGGCUGCAGAUGAAGUGGGCGGAGUCGGAGAGGCCUGGCCUCGGCUACCUGGUGCAAGUGAAGCCCAUGGCAGGGGACUCGGAGCAGGAGGUGAUGCUGACCACCAAGACCCCCAAGGCCACGGUGGGGGGUCUGAGCCCCUCCAAGGGGUACACCCUGCAGAUCUUCGGGCUCACGGGUUCUGGGCGUGUCCUGCUGGCUCGGAGGGCGUUUGUGAUCGAGGACUUGAAAAGUCACCCUGUGGGUGGGAGCAGCUGGAGGCCCCUGGGGGCAGCUGCGGAGCUUUCGCCCACCCUCGUGGGGAGCCCGGACCUUGAGCCCCAAGUCACUGCAGCUCCAAGCCAAGGCCCUCCCACUCUUGCCGGCCCCCGGUUCCGCUGCACACCCCCCACCCCCGUGGACAUGAUCUUCCUGGUGGACGGGUCCUGGAGUGUCGGCCACAGCCACUUCCAGCAGGUCAAAGACUUCCUGGCCAGCGUCAUUGAACCCUUUGAAAUUGGGCCGGAUAAAGUUCAAGUUGGCUUGACCCAAUACAGUGGAGACCCCCAGACGGAGUGGGACCUGAACACCUUCGGCACCAAGGAGGAGGUGCUGGCCGCGGUCCGCAGCCUGCACUACAAAGGCGGGAACACGUUCACAGGCCUGGCCCUGACCCACGUGCUGGAGCAGAACCUGCGGCCUGAAGCCGGGCCCCGUCUGGAGGCGGCCACGGUGGUGGUCCUAGUGACAGACGGCAAGUCCCAGGACGACACCCAUGCUGCUGGUCGCGUCCUCAAGGGCCUGGACAUCGACAUCUUCGCUGUGGGCGUGAAGAACGCCGACGAGGCGGAGCUGAGGCUGCUGGCCUCCCAGCCGCUGGACGUCACGGUCCACAACGUGCAGGGUUUCCCGCAGCUCCGCACACUGGCCGGCCUGCUCAGCCGCCUCAUCUGCCAGAAGGUCCAGGGCAGGAGCCCACGUAAGAGCCCAGGUGCGCAGGCGGCCGGAGACCCCCUCUCCACUCCCACCAGCCUGGUCCUGACCCAGGUGACCUCCUCCAGUGUCCACCUGUCCUGGACUCCAGCCCCACAGCCACCGCUCAAGUACCUGGUGGUGUGGCGACCUUCCAGGGGCGGUGCCCCGGGGGAGGUGGUGGUGGCCGGGCCCAGCUCAUCCGCAGAGCUGCACAACCUGACCGCUAGCACAGAGUACCUGUUGUCCGUGCACGCCGUCUCCGAGGCGGGGGUCGGCGAGGGCCUGCGGGGCCUGGUGACCACAGGGCCUCUGCCUCCACCCCAGGCGCUCGCCCUGGCCUCAGUGACACCCAGGACCAUACGCCUCACCUGGCAGCCCUCGGCAGGAGCCACCCAGUACCUGGUGCGGUGCGCGUCGGCCACCCCCAAGGGCGAGGAGGAGGCCAGAGAGGUGCAGGUCGGGCAGCCGCAGGUGCUGCUGGGAGGCCUGGAGCCCGGCAGGGAGUACGACGUCCAGGUGCGCAGCCUGCAGGGGGCGCAGGCCAGCGAGGCCCGGGGCAUCCGCGUCAGGACCCCGCCCUUGGCUGCCCCCAGACACCUGAGCUUCUCCGAUGUGACACAUGACUCGGCCCGCGUGUCCUGGGAGGGCCCCCUGAGGCCUGUGCGCCUGUUUAGGGUCAGCUUCGUGUCCACCGAGGGCAGCCACUCAGGGCAGACAGAGGCCCCUGGGAACGCCACUUCAGUCACCCUGGGGCCUCUCUCCUCCUCCACCACCUACACCGUCCGAGUCGCCUGCCUCUUCCCUGGGGGCAGCUCCUCCACGAUGACCGGACACCUGACCACGAGGAAAGUCCCCAGCCCGAGCCGGCUGUCUGUGACCCAGCUGCCUGGGGAUAAGGUCCGGCUGACGUGGGCGGCGGCAGCCACGUCCGGGGUGCUUGUCUACCAGAUCAAGUGGAUGCCUCUGGGAGAUGGGAAGGCCCAUGAGGUGUCCGUCCCGGGGAACCGGGGUGAGGCCAUCCUGCCCGGCCUGGGGAGGCGCUCAGAGCACGAGAUCACCGUCCUGGCCUACUACCGGGAUGGGGCCCGCAGCGACCCCGUGUCCCUGCACUAUGCCCCCCGUACAGUCAGCCGGAGCCCGCCCUCCAACCUGGCCCUGGUUCCUGAGUCACCAAACAGCCUUCGGGUCAGCUGGACGCCCCCGACCGGCCACGUCCUGCACUACCGGCUCACCUGUGCACUGGCCUCGGGCUCCGGGCCCGAGACAUCGGUCUCCGUUCCAGGAUCCAGGAGCCACGUGACGCUCCCUGACCUCCGGGCAGCCACGAAGUACAGGGUCCUGGUCUCCGCAGUGUACGAGACAGGGGACAGUGCGGCUGUGGCUGCCAUGGGCUGGACGGCCUGCCCGGCCCUCCACCCGAACGGCACCCUUGCAGGCUUUGACCUGAUGGCGGCCUUCGGGCUGGUGGAGAAGGAGUACGCGUCCCUCCGGGGCAUCGCCAUGGAGCCCUCGGCGCUGGGCCCUGCCAGGACCUUCACGCUGCUCAGGGACGCUCAGCUGACCCGCCGGGCCAGCGACGUCCACCCGGCCCCCCUCCCCCCGGAGCACACGGUCGCCUUCCUCCUUCGCCUGCUUCCCGAGACACCACGGGAGGCCUUCGCACUGUGGCAGAUGACGGCCGAGGACUUCCAGCCUGUCCUGGGGGUCCUGCUGGACGCCGGCAGGAAGUCCCUGACCUACUUCUGCCACGACCCCAGCGCGGCCUUGCAGGAGGUGACCUUUGACCUGCCCGAAGUGAAGAGGAUCUUCUUUGGGAGCUUCCACAAGGUGCACGUGGCCGUGGGACACUCCAAGGUGCGGCUCUACGUGGACUGCAGGAAGGUGGCGGAGAGGCCCAUCGGGCCGGCGGGCAGCCCUCCCGUCUCCGGCUUCGUCACGCUGGGGAGGCUGGCCAAGGCCUGGGGGCCCCGAGGUGGCUCAUCCGUGCUCCAGCUCCAGAUGCUGCGGCUCGUGUGCAGUGACACCUGGGCAGAGGAGGACAGGUGCUGCGAGCUCCCAGCGCUGAAGGACGGGGCGGCCUGCCCUGCCUCCCCUUCUGCCUGCGCCUGUUCCUCAGAGAUCUCUGGGCCCCCAGGACCCCAGGGGCCUCCGGGCCUCCCUGGCAGGGAUGGAGCCCCAGGACAGCAGGGCGUCCCGGGGCCCAGGGGUCCACCCGGAGUCAAAGGAGAGAAAGGGGACCAUGGACCCCCCGGCCUGCAGGGCUACCCCGGCCACCAGGGCGCCCCCGGGAAGGUUGGCCUCCAGGGUCCGAAGGGAAUGAGAGGCCUGGAGGGCACCGCUGGUCUGCCAGGACCCCCGGGACCCAGGGGAUUCCAGGGCACGGCGGGGGCCCGGGGGGCCGGCGGGGAGCGAGGACCCCCAGGGGCGGUGGGACCCACGGGGCUGCCAGGGCCCAAGGGGGAGCGAGGAGAGAAGGGCGAGCCCCAGUCCUUGGCCACCAUCUACCAGCUCGUGAGCCAGGCCUCGCACAUGCUGAAGUUCGACUCCUUCCUCCACGAGAGCAGCCGGCCCCCACUGCCCGUCUCGGAGGCCUCGGGGCCCCUGAUCGCACGCAGUGUGGCCCAUCUCCCUGGAGGAGGGAGACACGCUGGACCCCGAGUCGAGGACACAGGAAACCCGGUCCAGUGA